GGUAGGGGAGCGCAGCUCACAGCGGAGACCUGAGACCUGAGCCCUGAGUGCGGCUGUCCCAGCACAGGUAACUGCAGCACCUCAGCACGCACCAGCGGGCAUCUCUGUGCUCUAGUUGCUCGGUGUUGUGAAAGUGUGAAAGUCUAAGCCCUCGAGGCCUUGGCUGUCUUAUGAGUCAACUCAAGCUGAGAUUCUGGUGGCAGGCUUAAAAGGGUGCCGUUGUCUGGAAAUAUCUGUCUCAUGUGGAAACUGUCGUUUAUGCACUGGUUAGUACUGAUGCACCAGCUUGGUGUACACCAUACCUGGGUGUAUCUUUCUGUAUUUUUGUAAUGAAACUAUAUGUUUAACUUCACAAGAGGGACAACAAAGGCCAAAAUUUGCAUGGAUCAGCUGUUGUUAAUUUUCUUUAUGAAAAGUGCUUCUCUGUUGCUCCAAGCCUGCCAGGGUCGUUGUAAAAAUGGGGACCUAUUAGUUAAAGAGAAGGUAAAAGAAAUGACAAGGGUGUGGCAAGGAAGUAAAGUAGGAGCUUUAGAAAGUACACCCAUGGCUUUGGACUUCCUGAUAGAGACAGGAGUUCUUUCUUUGUAUUGAUCCUGGCAGCGUCUCUUUAGAAGUAAUGGGUGCAUUUCACGUCAUCGUUUUGCAUCAGUUUGUCUGACUUGCUGUUACUUUGAUUCUCCAUCCCAGGAGAUAUCCCGCUUGAUACAGAGUGCAGGGCAAAUUGUGGUGGGCCAAACAUCCCGCUAGCAUGGUUCCCAAAUCAGAGCAGCUGCAGGAGAAACGGAGCUGGCCCAGCAUCUGUGUUCAGAACUAAUGUGAAAGACAGUUUCAAUUUACUGAAGUUUUGGUGGGUGUUUUCACCCGCUUAAGAUUCUUUAUAGAGGAACUAAGAAUUGCAGAAACAAAGCUUGCCUUUUUUGUGGGGUUGUGUGUGUGGAUCGGGUGGUAUUUUGUUUGCUUAUUUCAUUUUGGAGUUCUUGUCUGGUUUUUUUUUUCCCCCUUAAACUAAGACUAACAAAAAUGAAGGGAUAAAACUGGAUUUUCAGGCAGGUAGACAGAACUUGCUUCCUUUUCUCCAUACCUUGACACUUGGAGAGACCCACUUGCAUUUCAGAACUGGGAAGAAGAGGACAAGCCCUGUUUCUGAGCUGGUGUUGACCCUGGCAAAGCAGUAAGUGAGGGCACUGUAAGAGGUGGAUGUAGGACAAGUGAUGAACCAUUCUCAUGCUCCUCUUUGGAUGCAUCCUGUGCUCAAGACCUGUAUGGCCUGUCGUUCACGCUGUGUGCUGUUGGUGGCUGGUAGGUGAUGUUUCACUGCUGGGAUCAUUGGAGUAGAAACUCUUCUGUUAAUAAUUUUGGAGGGCUUCUUGAGGACAGCCAUUUGGCCUUGCUUGUUUCUGCACUUUUUUUUGUUAUCUUUGGGUGUAAAAUUACUCCUUGUCUGGAUUCAAGCCAAGUCUCUACGUAUUUCACCUGUAAAACUGGGUAAAACUGUUUUAACUGGUGUAAACUGGGUCUCCCUGCUGACCUGUUGCCUACAGGUUGGGCAGUUUGUUCAAAUGAAUUAGUCUGUCCUUGAGGGGUUUAGGCUGCUGACUUCAGCUGGACCGGUCUUAAUUUGUCUUUGCCUGGUUUAGUUAUUUGCUUUGCACUGCUCCUGUGGUGCUGUCACUCAUGGUGGCUCCUUGCUCCUGCUGUGCUCAGUCUACGCAACCCAUGUGGUGCAUUUCCCCUGCUUGUGGAAGUUACCCUCAUCUUCUCCUAGAUAUGUAGCUUCUUUGCCUUCGGUUACAUCUCAUACCUGCAUAGGCUGAAGGAGGAAGAUAUUUCACCUUCGUGUAGUAAUGUGCAGCUUCUUUGUGCAGAGGGAACAUCAGAUUCUGGAGAUGGAGAAUACUAACGUGAAUCCACAAGAAUGGUAUUUGCAUAAGCUUCUGCUGUCCUCAGUUUAGCGCAGUGGAAGCAUGGCUACCAGCGCUGUUCCCAGCGAAAACCUCCCCACAUACAAGCUGGUGGUGGUUGGAGAUGGCGGCGUGGGGAAGAGCGCUCUCACCAUUCAGUUUUUCCAGAAGAUUUUUGUGCCAGACUAUGACCCAACUAUUGAAGACUCCUACCUGAAGCACACAGAAAUAGACGGGCAGUGGGCAAUUCUUGAUGUUCUGGACACGGCAGGCCAGGAGGAGUUCAGCGCGAUGCGGGAGCAGUACAUGAGGACUGGAGAUGGUUUCCUUAUAGUCUACUCUGUGACAGACAAGGCCAGCUUUGAGCACGUGGACCGUUUCCACCAGCUGAUCCUCAGAGUCAAAGACAGGGAGUCCUUUCCAAUGAUUCUGGUGGCAAACAAAGUUGAUCUAAUGCAUUUACGGAAAAUUACCAGAGAACAGGGAAGAGAAAUGGCAACAAAACAUAAUAUUCCAUAUAUAGAAACUAGUGCCAAGGACCCACCUCUAAAUGUUGACAAGGCCUUCCAUGAUCUCGUAAGGGUAAUAAGGCAACAGAUCCCAGAGAAAAGCCAGAAGAAGAAGAAAAAGACCAAAUGGAGAGGGGAUCGAGCCACAGGCUCCCACAAACUCCAAUGUGCAAUUUUGUGACGAGGGCACCCAGGAGCACCUUGGACAUCUCCCUCCUGCUCCCAACCCACCAUGACCUGAGGCUCCCAGCAGCUCUGGUUCGGAGGAGGCGGCUCGAGGGGUCUGGACCCCAGCAAUCAGCUGAAGGGGCUGCUCGUGGGGCUGCAUGGAGCAGUGCUAGCAGGAGGUGGAAGGGAGCAGCAGGACUUUGAUGCUCGAACGUUUCCAGCUCCUUCCAGAGGCCUCCAUGGUGUGUGUUUAAAAGAAAAAAAAAAUGUGUUGGUUUUAUCUGCAAACAUUUCUCCUUGUGACCCUUUUAUGAGCAGCCAUGAAUAGACCCAUUUGGUACAGUCGUGUGUGUAUGUGUGGGAGAAGGGAAAGGGCUUUUCUUUUUUUUUUUUUUCCUUGUCCUCUUCUCUAUUUUUUUUUUUGUCGUUUGCUCAGCAGGCGUUGGGUUGCAGAGAAACAUGGCUGGGGUUAGACUUUUUGCACUGAACUCUUUCUUAUGCAGCAGUGCCAAAACACAACUUCAUAUGAAAGUGCAUAGAUUUGAAGGAAGAAAAUGAAUUCCAGCUGCUCUGGGUGCUCCAGACAUUGUGUCAGACUCUGGAGGGCAGCCAGCUCACAGACCAUAAACUCCAGCUUAGAAAAGGGGGUUUGGGCUUGGAGAUAUUUUUUUCCUACCCUUUGUCAAGAGGUUUUAUUUCUGUUUUGUAACUCGGGGCAUGUCAAAGUUAAGAUGUUUUGUUAACCUGGAAGUAUUUAAAUUAAAGUAAUUUACAAAUGGAA